AUGGCGGCGGCCGUCAGAUAUCUCGGUAGAGUUGUGAUACAUCAAAGGCAUAAUCUUUCCAAGACGGCUUAUCAGACCCGUCUUUAUCCUUGUUCUGCAUGUGUUCAUGUGCUUAGUAGACAUUUCGCUGCUGCUGCUGCUGCUAGGAAGCCUGAAAGGAAAACAAAAAAAGGUACCAAAGAAAAAGCACCAACUGAAAAACAGGAAGACAUAGAAAAAAUAAAGUCAAUCCCCUUUAUGGAAGGUGAACCUGAGGAUGAUGUUUAUUUAAAACGCUUAUAUCCAAGACAGAUAUAUGAUGUGGAGAAAGCUAUUCAUUUACUUAAGAAAUUUCAGAUUCUGGACUUUACAUAUCCAAAGCAAGGUGUUUAUCUUGAUUUGACACUGGACAUGUCACAGGGAAAGAAGAAAAAAGUGGAGCCAUUUGCCAGUGUUGUUAGUUUGCCAUACCCAUUUGCUUCAGAAAUCAAUAAAGUUGCUGUAUUUACAGGGAAUGCAUCAGAGAUUAAAAUAGCAGAAGAACAUGGAGCUGCGUUUGCAGGAGGAACUAAUCUGGUUAAGAAGAUUUUGGAUGAUGAAAUUGAACCAGACUUUUAUAUAGCUGUUCCAGAAAUUAUGUCUGAGCUUAAUCCAUUAAAGAAGAAAUUGAAAAAAAGAUUUCCAAAGCUUAAUCGAAAUUCCAUUGGCCGUGACAUCCCCAAAAUGCUUGAAUUAUAUAAAACUGGAAUUGAAAUUAAGGUAGAUGAAGAAAGGGAGAACUUUCUCUCGACUAAAAUAGCAACACUGGAUAUGUCAAGUGACCAGAUAACUGCCAAUCUGCAAGCUGUUAUCAGUGACAUCUGUAGGCACAGACCGCUGAACUUGGGACCCUUUGUGGUACGAGCUUUCCUUCGUAGUUCGACAAGUGAAGGUUUGUUACUAAAGAUGGAGCCAUUUUUGCCUAAAGAAGUGAAAACCAAAGAAAGUAGCACAGAAGCUGCCUGA